GCUGCGCUCCAAAGUGGGCUGCCAGAGUGUGGAGAAGGAGAGUGGGUGACUGUCACAGUCACAGGGGCUUAUUUAAACAGUCGUCAACGAGUUUUACUAAAUGCGUCCUAAAGACCACCUGUCAUAAAAGAAAAGCAAGCUAGCAGAAUUCUGGAAACCAUCUCCAAGAUCAGUCUUUCAGCCUGGCUUUGAAAAAAAUUAAACCUUAUAUAUUGUGCAGGAAAAAGUUGGAUAUCUCAGGCUGCCAGCAAACUGGGCAGAUAUGCUCUGUGUGCGAGAGUCCAGGGACUGCCUGCGGGAGCAGAUGCAGUGCAUGAUGAAGACCCUUCAGGAUCUGAAGCAGAUGAGAGGGGGCUGCCGGGCAUCAGCCAAACCGAGCGCCGUGUCCGUAUCCACGAGGGGCUGCCAACAGAGGGUUCUGCAGAGAGAACGACUCACCCGACUCCGCACCUCGGACACGUCUGAAUCCAGCACUUACGAUUCGGCUUGCUGCUUGGCCACAACGCAGGAGGAAGAGAAUGAGCGCCUGACUAAGGACUCACCCAACAGCGAAAAGAGCUUGGAGUUUGACUCUGGUUAUUCUGAAGCCUCUUGGCAAGACGACGUUGUGGUGCUCAGGAGGAGCCGGAACAUCCGAGUUUCCUCAGGGGCUUGUUUACGCACCAACCGGGCACCAAGUGGUAGAAUAAGGCCAAAAUCUACUUCAGAUGCUUGUAUUGAACGUUGGACCUCUUUUGAGGCAAGCGAUCCCGAGGACUGGACUACCUCUUUACUUACAAGAGGUCGCAACCGGCAGCCUUUAGUCCUGGGGGACAACAGCUUUGCGGACUUAAUUGAAAACUGGAUGGACUUGCCAGAUUGUCCCGAGUCAACAGAACUGAAGCCAAACCCUAGCCGACGCCUGGCGAAAGAUCUGUUGCUUAAUGUGCGACGUAAACUGACUGGAAUGUCCCGAUUGGCAGACAUACGGGGCAAACAGACAGAUAACGGACAUGUCAACAGGCCAGGAGGUACAAAACGCUUCUCCUGCCCAAUCGGCUUUCAGCUGAGGUCGUCAUACUUUCACCAGUCCCACACAGGACUCCAUGAAAUGGGAAGUGACUUUUAUCAGUUCACAGCACUCAUGAAGACUGGCAGCAGGCAGCCCAUCAUAUGUAACGACAUUAUUGGAUACAUCUGAGUGUAUUUCAGUUCCAACUACAGUAUUUGGUGUCACAUUCAUGUCUGCUUGUAUAUAGAAGCUGUUGUAUUUUAUUUUUUUAAAGCAAAAUUCACAAUUUUCUAUUUCUUGAAAAUAAACCUAAUGCUUUUUUCUGUUUUUUUAA